AUGGCUGAGAGAAUGAAAUAUUUGGAAGUCGUGACGUGCACUGUAACUUUAUUUGGAGACAAAGUAAGUUCAUCGUGUACACCUGCCACUCAAGUAGACUACCAAGAAGAAUGUACCUUUUCUUGUCCAGCUGGUUAUGAGCUGAUCGGACCGUCAUCCGUUACCUGCACGAGCUUUGGAGGUUUCUCAGACGUAUUUCCCGAAUGUGAGGUCGUGACGUGCACUGUAAAUUUAUUUGGAGACAAAGUAAGUUCAUCGUGUACACCUGCCACUCAAGUAGACUACCAAGAAGAAUGUACGUUUUCUUGUCCAGCUGGUUAUGAGCUGAUCGGACCGUCAUCCGUUACCUGCACGAGCUUUGGAGGUUUCUCAGACGUAUUUCCCGUAUGUGAGGUCGUGACGUGCACUGUAACUUUAUUUGGAGACAAAGUAAGUUCAUCGUGUACACCUGCCACUCAAGUAGACUACCAAGAAGAAUGUACAUUUUCUUGUCCAGCUGGUUAUGAGCUGAUCGGACCGUCAUCCGUUACCUGCACGAGCUUCGGAGGUUUCUCAGACGUAUUUCCCGAAUGUGAGGCAACUUGCACCGUACCUGACUUUGAAAUAGAAGUAACUUCUUCAUGUACUCCUGGUGAAGAGGUAAGCUUGAACCAAGAAUGUACGUUCUCUUGUCCGCCUGGUUACGAUCUGACUGGGCCAUCUUUUGUCACAUGCGAAAGCUCCGGACAGUUCUCGGAUCAAUUUCCCCAAUGUCAGACAACUUGCACCGUACCUGAUUUGGGAAUACAAGUAACUUCUUCAUGUAUUCCUGGUGAGGAAGUAAGUUUGAACCAAGGAUGUACCUUUUCUUGUCUAACUGGUUAUGAGCUUAUCGGAAUACCAUUACUUACCUGUACGAGCUCUAGAGAUUUCUCAGACGAAGUUCCCCAAUGUCAGAAUAUCAACGAAUGUGAUCCCUACCCAUGUAUAAAUGGCGGGACGUGUAUAGAUGGUAUCAACUCUUACACUUGUGACUGUACUUUUGGCUUUACCGGAAUGAACUGCUCAACAGAGUGUACUCAAAAUCAUUCGGUUUGCAAGCGAGCAGAAUUUGACUUGGAAAUUUCUGGGGUUGAAAACAGUACAAGAACACAUGCAGCCAUCCCUAUUGGUUCAUCAGCCGUGCAGAGCUUAAAGGACAGGGUUGUGAAUACUUUGGAAAGCCUACUAGAAGUCAUUGGUGUUAACGGGGCUGUCAUUUCAGCAAAUGAUGACGCCAUUGGUUUAUUUACUACAGCGAGGAUCAGACUCAAUGUAACCUAUGAUGGUGACGUCACGAUUCAACAGUUGAUACCAGUGCUGGCAGCUGCUAUUGAGGGCAUCGGAGGUUUUACCGUUCAGAGUCUUGGGCUACUGACGAACCCCUGCUCCCUGGAAAAUCCAUGUGCUGAUGGAUUUACAUGUGGGAGGGUCGACAACACCUCUGCAAAAGUCCGCUGCAUACAAGAUAUGGUCACCACAGACACACCGGACACUGCCACAGUGGAUAGCAAAAGAGAGGUGCUAAUUAUCAGCCUCCCCAUUAUCGCCAUCCUAGCCAUUCUCUUUUUCGUUGUCAUCUCUUUCGUUGGUUUUGCUGUCCGCCGGAAGAGACAGGAGAUGAAGCUAACGAAGGGUGACCCUUCUUAUGGAAUACCGGGCUAUUUGAAACGGGGGCCAACAGGGGGAUAUGAACGUCCUAGACCGCAAACCAACCCUCGAAUCAUGCACGAAAUGAACGCCAAGCUUGAGAUGGGAUUAGAUUCUGGCAUGAAUGAUGGCGCAUCUCCUGGCUUCAAGGAUCACUACGCGGUACACGACAAUGGGUUCUCGUACGGAAAGCGAACCGGUGGUUACCAUGGUUACUUAACAAACGGGCCCUACCAUCAUGGCGCCACGAACGGGAGCGAACAGCCUAAAGGCUACAAUGGAAAACUGGACACGUAUUUCUAACCGGCCUUGAUCCAACGACCUGACUUACUCCACAUCGUCAACGACUCGUCGUCUAGUAACCGACGUAUGGAUACAAAAUAAGUGAAUAAUGUAUAGGCCUAAUGUUAUAAACGUGAAUU